AUAGAAAUUUCAUUUAUUGAAUAGAUUCAUGCGCAGUUUCGACGUAGAAAAAAAAUAAAUCGACUCACGCCGAGUUUCUGUUCAAAACACACCGUUGGCCUAGUAACCGGUGGUGAUAGAUCUACCCUCUGGACAACAACAAAUCAAUCACCAUGUAAAGGAGUAUGAAAGAGAGAGGGAAAGAGGGAGAGGUCACUGCCACUAUAUCAAAAAGUCAUCAACCUAUAGAAAAUAAUAAACAAUAUUUUUAUUGUAAAAUUAAUAUUAAAAAAUAUGACUGAACAUCGUGGUUCAUCAUUUGUUCAUUCUUGUGUUAAAGUACCAUUGGAUCCAUUUAGUCGUCAACCAACACCAUCAUAUGAAAGACCAAGAAUACAAAAACUUGAUAAAUCUAGUAAUCGUAAAAUUAAUUUUACCUCACAAAUUCAAUCAUCGAGACAACAUCAACAAGACUCAAAUCGUAUUGAAACAACAAGCUCAGACGACAGUAAUGUAGAUACAUUUAUUGAUUUUCUUGAAAGUAUACCAGACUAUGGUCAAGUUAAUCAUUUAUCAAAUGAACAAUUUAAACAAAAAUUAGAUUACUUAAAAAGAAAACAACGUUUAUUAUUAAAAAAUUUAAAAAAUUGUUUUGACAAUGACAAUGAUGAUCUUGAUGUUGAUGAAAAAAUUAAUACUAUUGAUAACAAAUCAACAAUAUUAUUACCAACAACAUCAACACCAAGUAUACCUGAUAAAUCAUCAUACAAAAAAUAUGACAAUGAAAAUAGUGGCUUAAAACUUUUUGGUAAAAAAUGUUAUCUUGAAGAUUCAAGAGCUGAAAGUCCAUGGUUAUGCUCAUCAAAUACAUUUGCUGGUCUUGCAGAAGAUCAAGAUCUCCUAACUUACAGGUCCAAAGAUAAAGCAAGUAAAACAGCUCGUAAUAAAGAAAUAUAUUCUGCUGGUAAAAGUUGGAGUAAUUGGAGUGAAUCAAAAAGUAACAGUGACAAUAGUGAUACAGAUAACACAGUUGAGACAAGAAGUUUACCAUCAAGAAGUCCAAAAAGAUGGCAUCCAACUGUUCCAAAACCAUUUACAUUUGCAUUGAGAGAUGAAGCUGAAAAAUACAUGACUCAAACUGAAACAGAGACUGAGGAAAAAUUAAAAGAAAAAUGUGGUUUUAAAAAAAAAAAACGAGUGAGACCAAUACCAUUGACAUCGAGAAUACCAUUGUAUGAUAAAUUGAUAGCAGCUAAAGAAGAAAGAUCUAGAAUAAUACGUGAAGAGUCUGCUUGGAGUCUGAUGUCACAGGUCAAGCCAUUUAGACUUGAGUGUGAUCGUCGAGCUGUUAAAAUAAUGAGUCGUUCAAGUCCUGAAUUACGAACAAAAAAAUUAUCAAGCAGUAGAUGUAGCUCAAGAUUUAAAGCUAAACCAGUACCAAAAAAUUUAUUUGGCACUGAGAUAUAUGAUCGUAUGCUUGAGGAUGAAUAUUUUAGACAAUUACAAAAAAAAAUAAGAGCAGCUGAGCUUAUGAAAUCAUCAUCAUUACCACCAUCAAUGGCUCGACGAGAAAGAAUAAAAUCAGCAACAUCAAGUGGUCCACGAUCACGUAAUUGUACAAAUAAUGAAUUUCAAAUAAAUGCUGAUGAUGAAUCAUCAAGUAGACUGUGUAGUUUAACACCAGCCAUAUCUGAAAGAUCAAGAUCUGCUAUGACAGAUUUAUCAACAAGAGGAAGUAAUUUAGCUGCUAUUUUAAGGUGUCAAGCAACAAGAGAUAAAUUUGAACGUGAAAUUAGAGAAAGAAUGGAGGAGAAGGCCAAGGAAUAUGCAAUGAAAAUGAGAAAAACUUUGAUAAGUCGUAAACCAGCUUGGAAAGAAAUGAGAACAGCUGCAAAGAAUGAACAUUCAAGAGAACUUGAUUUUCGAGUAUCAUUACGUAGAGAUGAAGCAAGAGAACAAGCUGAACGUCAUCGUCUAGAAAUGGAAAUGAUGUUGACUAGAGUUACACAAAUUCCAACUCUAUUUGAACGUCAUUCUCAGGGUUAUCAAACAAUGCGUCAAUUACAAUCACGAGUAUUAAAAUUAGAACGUAAAAAAAAAAAACGUAAAAAGAAAAUUGAUAAUUCAAGUAGUUUAGAAUCUGAUGAUUGUCAUUCGAAUUUGUUGAAUUUACCUGAUGAACAAAUGAUCCGAGUAUCACCGGGACAAUCAUCAAAGUCAUCUGGUUCAGUUGUAAAUAAAUUUCCAUCAUCAUCAUCACAAACACCCGAAAGAAAUAAAAUUAAAAGUACACGUGGAGGAUUGAGAGUAUCAAUCAAUGAAAAAGCUGAGUUAAUUCAAGAUGACGAAGAUGAUGAUGAUGAUGAUGAUGAUGAUGAUGAUGAUGAUGAUCGAUACACAUGUCCAAGUGAUGAAAAAAGUUCAACAAUAUUUAAUAACAAUACUACAUGAUUCAAAAAAAUAUCAUAACUUGCAAAAUUAAAACAAAGGAUAAUUAAAUAUAAUUCAAUGGAAAAAAAAACACUCAAUUGAUUAUAUAAAAAUAUCACUAUGUAAUUUACUAUUGAAACAUUAAUUAAAAAGGUUAUUAUUAUUCAUGAA